AUGCGGACGACUGUGCGACAAUGCAACGUCUUUGACCCGGCGUUCAUGCGCAAGGUGAAGCGCACCCUCAACGCCUACAAAUCAUCCAUGGAAACAUCGACAAAGAAGUGUAUGUCGCGUGAGGCGUUUGUGGAUAUUGACGAAAAGGGCGCCGCGUGGUACCUGGGCCACAUGCAGUCGGCCGUGACCAUGCUCGCCGACAAGGUGAAGGACGCGGACUUCAUUCUCGAGAUACGCGACGCACGGUUGCCCUUCACGACGGAGAACCCUAAUAUUCGUAAGCUCACCGCCGGGAAGCCGCGUCUCAUCAUCUUCAACAAGGCGGAGCUGUCAAACGAGGACAGCAAUCGUGCGAUUCAGGAGUACUACGAACGGAAUGGCGCCUUCGCGCUCUUCACCAGUGCGCAGCGGUGCUGGAAGGACGUCGUGGAGGCUGUGCAGCGCUUCACCACGCACAUACUACCACCACUGCCGUAUAAGACAGUCGCCCACGUUGGGCUCGUCGUGGGAAUGCCGAACGUGGGCAAAUCCACAUUGAUCAACUCCCUUCGACUCGCUCAUGAGUAUCAGUUUCACCGUGAGGACUUCCGACGCUCCCGAUCACCUGAGACGGUGUCCAUCAAACCAGGCACCACGCGUGGCAUGAAGUUAGUCCCUCUAUCUAAGGAUCCGCCUGUGGUUCUUUACGAUACGCCGGGCCUCACACUGCCCGGGUGCUUCACGAAGGAGUCAGGGUUGAAAUUGGCGGCGUGCAGCAUCAUCCCCACCAACGACGUGUCCCUUCCACAGGGAAUGGUGGCGCGGUACAUCUACGACAUACUCGUCGCGUCCGGCUCAUCUGAGCAUAUGGCCGAGUGCCUGCACCUUCCCCGUGUGCCAAUUACCUUCGACGACUGCAUUGCAAUGAUCUGCGAACGCAGCGGCACAAGUGGGCAGACCGAAAUGGGCAACCUCGAUCCCGUUCGCGCGCACCGUUUCUUUGUCCACGACUUCACCAUGGGCAACCUGGGAAAGAUCACUCUCGACGUGCUCCCCCGGCGUGUGCUGCGCAGUGCUCAGUCAUCGCUACCGCUGCUGGGAAGCGGAGGCAACACCGCAACAGCCGACGGCGGACCAGCAGCGGGGAGCGAUGAUGAUGGAUAUGUCUGGACGCACCAUGUAGAGACGAGCGACGUGGUGGAACGUUAUCCAGACCACAUGCGCGAUGUUUUGCAGUCUCUGAAGGGCCCACUUCAUUACGAUGGGAUGCCAGGCCGAAAUGGCGCGUCAUCUAUGAGGAGUGUAGCAAGCCCGCCUGACUGCAUCAUCAUCAGCCGUAAAAAAGGGCCUAUCAGCCGAGCCACAGCGUUCGAUGAGCAGCUGAAGCGCCACACACGAUUGGCGCCAGGACGGUGA